GAUCCGGCUCAGGCGUCCUGCACCUCUUCCCCGCCUCCGCCCCGCCUGUCUGUGUCCGUGGCCUCUGCUUCCUAUAAAGUUGUUGUUUUGCCAACAUGGCGGCGCCCAUGGUGAACCAGGCGGAGAGGAACCGCAGGCCGGAGCCUGAAAACAGGGAAUGAUCAUCAAAGGAGGAAGAGAAGGAAAGUGACCAGGCAGCCAAAGCUGGACUGUGCCAGUCAGAAAGAAGAGCCUGAGAGGGCUUUAGGCUGGUCAUAGUGUGCUCUCUGCCCUCUUUCAAGGGCCUUCCCUCCUUCUGAAGAAUGACAUCAACUUGGCGGAGACUGGGUUUUUAUGCCUCUCUUCUGAAAAGGCAGCUAAAUGGUGGGCCACCUGUCAUCCAGUGGGAAAGAAGAAGAGUAUUUCCAGGAUGUGCAAGAAGUAUUUACAGUGCAACAGGGGAGUGGACAGAGGAGUACACACUGCAGACAAGAAAGGAUGUGGAGAAAUGGUGGCAUCAACAAAUAAAAGAGCAGGCAUCCAAAAUUUCAGAACAAGAUAAAUCAAAGCCCAAGUUUUAUGUGCUCUCCAUGUUCCCGUACCCUUCUGGCAAGCUGCACAUGGGCCACAUACGUAUCUACACCCUCAGCGACACCAUUGCACGGUUCCAGAAGAUGCGAGGCAUGCAGGUCAUCAACCCCAUGGGGUGGGAUGCAUUUGGAUUGCCUGCUGAAAAUGCUGCCAUAGAGAGGAAUUUGCAUCCAGAAAGCUGGACUCAAAGCAAUAUUAAGCACAUGAGGAAACAGCUUGAUCGCCUCGGCCUCUGCUUCAGCUGGGACAGGGAAGUCACUACGUGUUUGCCAGAUUACUACAAAUGGACUCAAUACCUGUUUAUCAAACUCUACGAAGCUGGACUGGCCUAUCAAAAGGAAGCCUUGGUUAACUGGGACCCAGUGGAUGAAACGGUGCUGGCCAAUGAGCAAGUGAAUGAGUACGGCUAUUCGUGGCGUUCUGGAGCAAAAGUGGAACAGAAGUACCUCCGACAGUGGUUCAUUAAGACAACUGCAUACGCAAAGGCCAUGCAGGAUGCACUGGCAGAUCUUCCGGAGUGGUACGGAAUAAAGGGCAUGCAGGCCCACUGGAUCGGGGAGUGUGUGGGCUGCCACCUGGACUUCACAUUAAAGGUUAAUGGGCAGGACACGGGAGAGAAGCUGACAGCCUACACAGCCACCCCUGAGGCCAUUUACGGUGCCUCCCAUGUGGCCAUCACUCCCAGCCACAGGCUCCUGCACGGCUGCAGCUCUCUGAAGGAAGCCUUGCAGAAGACGCUGGUUCCUGGCAGAGACUGCCUCACGUCAGUGAUGGCUGUGAACAUGCUCACCCUGCGGGAAGUCCCUGUCGUCAUCAUGGCCAAGGCUGACUUGGAAGGCUCUCUGGAUUCAAAAAUAGGAAUCCCCAACACCAACUCAGAGGACAGCAAGCUAGCUCAAGCCUUGGACCUGCCCUACUCUGAAGUCAUUGAAACCUCACCAGAUGGCACAGAGAGGCUGAGUGAAUCUGCUGAGUUCACAGGUAUGACCCGGCAGGAAGCCUUUCUAGCCCUAACUCAGAAAGCCCGGAGGAUGAGAGUAGGUGGAUACGUGACCAGUGACAAGCUAAAGGACUGGCUGAUAUCGAGGCAGCGCUACUGGGGCACACCAAUCCCCAUUGUCCACUGCCCAGCCUGUGGCUCCAUGCCAGUGCCCCUAGAGGACUUGCCUGUGACCUUGCCCAGCAUCACAUCUCUCACUGGCAAGGGAGGCUCCCCUCUGGCCUCAGCUUUGGAGUGGGUGAACUGCCCCUGCCCAAGGUGCAAGGGAUCAGCCAAGAGAGAGACGGACACCAUGGACACCUUUGUAGAUUCUGCAUGGUACUACCUCAGAUACACCGACCCUCACAAUCCUUGUAGUCCUUUCAGCUCAGAGCUGGCAGACUUCUGGAUGCCUGUGGAUCUGUACAUUGGAGGGAAAGAGCAUGCCGUCAUGCACUUGUUCUAUGCGAGAUUCUUUAACCACUUUUGCCACGAUCAAAAAAUGGUGAAGCACAGGGAGCCUUUCUAUAAGCUGCUGGCCCACGGCCUCAUCAAGGGGCAGACAUUCCGCCUGCCAUCUGGUCAAUGUCUGCAGAGGGAGGAUGUGGACUUCACAGGUCCUGUUCCUGUUCAUGCAAAAACAAAAGAUAAGUUAGAGGUGACAUGGGAGAAGAUGAGCAAGUCCAAGCACAAUGGGGUAGACCCAGAGGAGGUUGUGGCACAGUAUGGGAUUGACACAGUCCGGCUCUACAUCCUCUUCGCAGCCCCUCCCGAGAAGGACAUCUUGUGGGAUGUAAAGACCGAUGCACUCCCUGGAGUGCUCAGAUGGCAGCAGCGGCUGUGGUCCCUGGUAACGAGAUUCAUCAAGGCUAGGACUUCUGGGACAGCCCCCCAACCUCAGCUACUGAGCAACAAGGAGAAAGCUGAGGCCUGCAGCCUCUGGAAGUACAAGAAUUCAGUCAUCACUCAGGUGACCACCCAUUUCACAGAGGACUUCGCACUGAAUUCCGUUGUUUCUCAGCUGAUGGGACUCAGCGGCACCCUCCUGCAAGCCUCUCAGAAGGUCGUUCUCCACAGCCCCGAGUUCGAGGAUGCUCUGUGUACCCUGCUGGUGAUGACUGCCCCAAUGGCCCCGCACAUAACCUCGGAACUCUGGGCAGGCCUGGCGCUGGUACCAAGCAAGCUCUGUAGCCACUAUAUCUGGGAAAAAGGUGUGAUGCUUCAGACCUGGCCUACUGUGGAUCCACAGUUCCUUCAGCAGCCGGAUGUGGUGCAGAUGGCCGUUCUGAUCAAUAACAAGGCCUGUGGCAAGAUCUCCGUGCCCCAGCAAAUUGCCCGGGAUCAGGACAAAGUCCAUGAACUUGUUCUCCAGAGUGAGCUGGGCGCCAAGCUGUUGCAGGGACGAAGCAUCAAGAAGGCCUUCCUCUCCCCCAGGACUGCCCUCAUCAACUUCCUGGUGCAGGAGUAACCAAGGGGCAUCCCUGGUUUGAGGAGCCUCUUUGCCCAGAUUGAGGGAAGGAAUGUUAGCUAAGGGAAAGGGAAAAGAAAGAUAUCACAGAUGUUGGCUUUUGUGCAGACUAGAAGCAGCAGGAGCCUGUGUGCCCGGACCAGAAUGGAUGUGGGCAAGGGGAGUGAGGGAGCAAGGGUCAUGAAUCUGGCCCGUGCCCAUCCACCCCUACUCUUGGACUCCAAAUGAAACCUCCAGAGAUAUUGCAAGGAGGAGAUGGGAAGCAGCCUUAUGCUUUUGCUCCUAGCCAUGGUGCUGCCUUGGAUGCUUCUCUGGACUCAUGCAGACCCAAGGGACCACCUGGGCUCAGGAGCUGCACAGCCAUCACAUGGGAACCAUAACCAAGCCUCCAGGUGGUGGUUGGCUAGGCUCUUGGUCUACAGGAUAGAUGAGACCAUUUCAUGUUCAGUGUCCAGCAUAUGGAACUGAAUAGGAGCAUUGCAGCCUCUUGAAGUUGCUCUGCACAUGUCUUAUAGCACCCUUCAGCUAUGUCACAAAGGCUUCUCCCUUCCUCCCAACUGGGUGGCCUAUCUUGAUGUUGACGCACUUGCUCUGGGGUAGGGCUCUACUUCUGGACCUGAACAGAAGGGCUGCAUCAUAGCCAUGGCCUCAGUGUGUAGAGUAUGCUGUGUGGUGAGUGGAACCAUGCCCUGGGCUGCUGGUCCCCACCCAGAGCCCAGCAGGGGUUUGAGCCACAGAUGGCUCACAUGGGUCCCAGAUGGUAACACCACCAUCAUCCAGGUUCAGCCCCCAUAGUAUCACCAGCAAGAGCAAGUUCACCAAAGAGGAGCAGAACGGUUGCUUCCUGGGUGUCACCUCCUGUGUUCAAGCUGCUGCGGUCUAGCUGCUGGGGAGCAGCCCUGAGUGGAGCUAUAUCACCAGGGAAUUAGGCAGUGCUGGUUUUAUGUGGGGUCAGUAGUGAGGUGCUCUUGCAGACCUGUUCUGAGCCAAUGAUUAAUGCUUAAUAGGGGUGGGGGGACCCAGCUGUUUCAGAAUGCUGAAGCUCUGUGUCUGUAAUCUGAUGUCACCCUGAAGGAGCUGUGAUGUGGUCCGCUGCCAUUCAGCAGCUGUCAGAUGCCUUCUUUGUGUAAUAAAUGUGUAUUACUUUGGGACA